AUACCAUGUAAGAUAUUCCUAUCUCAGGUCACCAUUACAGUCAUAUUUAUACACAUACGUCUGAGCUCCCUGCUGGCAAGUAAUCAAACUCAACAUUCUGAAUAGAUUGUGGUAAGCUAGUGUGAGCCAAACAUCCAGCUCUUCAUUCUAUCACUCUGUUUUGAAGUGUUCGCAGUUCAUAGUUGAAUAAUAUACCUGGAAAUUUUCUAAUUCUUUACUAAAUGACUGUAAUUACAAAAGAAACUAUAGUGUUUCUAGGUGCAGGUACAACAGCUGCUUUAAUCGCAGCAACGACAUGGUACCAGUAUGCGAAACGAAAGAAUAGGAUACCUGACAAAUGGGUGGAAAUUGGAACGGUUGGUGAUCUCUGGAUUUAUCCAUUAAAAUCUGGGCAAGCCAUGGAGGUCGAAGAAGCCGAGUGCACAGAAACUGGCCUGAUUUAUCACGAAGAAAAUAAAGUCUCCCUCAAGGAUAGGGGUCUUUUGGUAUACAAAGGGGAUAACAAGGAACAACGCAAUGCCAAGAACUAUCCGAGGCUGCUUCUGAUUACUGUUACUGCUGUAAACGAGAAAGAAAUUAAGCUUGAAGCACCGGAUAUGAGUCCGUUAAGAAUAAAAACUUUAAUCGAAAAUCCACAAUUGGUUGAGUGUACUCUCCACCAAGGCGAACGUCAGCAGUGCGUUGACUGCGGGGCUGAAGCUGCGAAGUGGAUAUCACAGUACUGCACCGAAGAAGAUUUCACUCUUAGACUGGGUCUGGGUAUGCGUUCGAAACGUAGUGUGAAUUCAGAACCCAUGAAGUCGUUGGCCAGAGUUUACAAGAAAAUGAAGAACGAAGAUCUGGGAAUUUUUUCAGACAUCUGCAGCUACUUGAUAUUCAAUCAAGCCUCGCUAGAAGACCUGAACAAAAGAUUGCCUGCCGAUGUAUCACCGCUCAAUUUUCGUCCUAAUAUCGUUGUCGAGGGGACCAAAGCGUACGUUGAAGAUGACUGGGACUGGAUCAAGAUUGGCAAAGAUGCAGUAUUCAGGAAUGUGAAACCGUGUACGAGAUGCACACUGAUCAACUUUGAUCCAAAAACUGCAGUACCAGUGCCUGAGCGAAGAAUUUUGAAGAAAUUACAGGAGUACAGACUGAUUACGGAAGAAAGGAAACGUAAAGUUGAGGGCAACGCACCGGCAAUGGGUGUCUACGCAGGAAUUCGUAAGCCAGGCCAAAUUAAACUGGGAGAUAAAGUUUAUAUCGGAUAGUGAACAGCAACUGUACAGUGUUUUUAUACUUUAUUUAUAAAAUUAUUAUCUACAUGUAAUGCAGGAGUUGCAUAAACUGAUAGAUGCACCUUGAUUACAGUAUAAUCUUUAUCACAGACAUAGAUUAUUUAUUAAUAAAACAAAAGAGGUACUAUCUCUACAUUCGAUAAGCUUCAGCUUAAGAUAGAACAUUGUUCCUACGUACAUACUUUGCAAUAGUUACGUCACUGAUAUAUUACUAUCUCAUUAAAUUAUCAUAAUUAUCUGUCGACGGAACGUCCAUUGUUUCCUUGUGGUCGUGGUGGGCUCCUUGUUACCUGUGUCAAAUCUGUGCCUCUGGUAGCUGCGGGUGAUGUUAACACCGGUUGUUAUCUGCUUUACAGAGCGGCAGAUAAGAGAAUAUAUAUUACACCUACACUUCUGCCUCUGGGAAUAACGCCUCACAUUUGGAUACUC